AUGGAAAACCCUAACCUCGACGGCGCCGCUCAAACACCCCCAUCCAAUCCAUCCAAUUCCUUCCGAUUCGCGCCGUCGUUCUCCAACAUUAACUUGCAACGGAUGGCAACAAAGGUUGCGUACUUGCCGGAGUCGGUCAAGUCCGAUCUGAUCACCGAGGCUGCGGCUAAUCACUAUUCCGUACUGUUUGAUCUCCGCAAACUCAUCUCCCGACCUUACCGCCAAACACCGCUGGUGUUUCCCCGAAGCCUCUCCGAGGUGCCCGAACGGGUGGCGGAGCUUGGACGUGUGGUGGCCCGGGACGAGAGUAGGAAAAUCUACGUCCAUAUUCUGAGUGGUGAGACGAGUAUGAACAACCUAUAUGGUGCUGUUAGGGAAUUUGGGGAUGUUGAAGCGCUGGGAUUUCGUUGGUCUACCACUCUAGCUACGGUCAAGUAUUUCGAUCUCCAGGCGGCAAGACGAGCCAUCAAAACACCUGUUGAGGUUAUGAACAGGCAUCACCUCCGAUGGCACUCGCUCACCACGGUUUGCUCUAUCUGCCAGAGGGGCGGUUUGUGA